UAACCGUUCCUCCUAGAUCUACCAUCAUAUAUCAUAUAUGCUCAUGGAUGUUCACCAUUACCACCCUUUCUCUGUUUACUUCAUUGCUUCCAUUCUCUUUGUUUUCUUCAUCUUAUACAAGUUAGUUCAAAGCUGGAGUUCAAACAACUCCUCUACAAAUUUACCUCCAGGACCUACGACAUUACCUCUCAUAGGGAACUUGCAUCAGUUGGUAGGUUCAUUGCCACAUCACUCCUUGAAACUUUUGGCAGAUAGGUACGGACCGUUAAUGCACCUGAAACUAGGAGAGGUAUCCAACAUCAUAGUAACUUCACCGGAGAUAGCCCAAGAGGUUCUGAAAACGCAUGAUGUUAAUUUCUCUGAUAGGCCAAACCUUGCAUCGGCUAGAACAGUUACUUACAACAAUACGAAUAUAGUCUUCUCUCCAUAUGGAGAAUAUUGGAGACAAGUACGAAAGAUAUGCACAAUGGAGCUACUGACGAUAAAGCGAGUGCAAUCUUUUCAGUCCAUAAGGGAAGAGGAGGUGGCAGAACUGGUUAAGAAAAUAGCUGCAAGUGAAGGCUGUGCUGUUAAUCUCACCCAGAACAUUUACCCGAUGACUUGCGGAGUAGUCGCACGAGCGGCUUGUGGUAAAAAAAACAGAUAUCAACAAGUGUUCAUUUCAAAGAUUAAUGAGCAAUUGAAGCUCAUGGGAGGGUUUUCGCUAGCUGAUCUCUAUCCUUCUAGCAGAGUGCUUGAAAUGGCGGAGAAGGUGAAGUUUGAGAAAGUUCACAAAGAGACUGACAGGGUUUUGCAAGACAUCAUCGACGAACACAGAAAUGGAAGUAAGUAUGAAGUAGUGGAAGAUCUGGUCGAUGUUCUUCUCAAGUGUCAACAGGAAAACGAUUCUGAAAGUCUCUUAACUGAUGACAACAUUAAAGCGGUCAUCAAGGACAUAUUCGUGGCUGGAGGCACUUCAUCUUCCGUAGUGGAAUGGGGGAUGUCAGAAUUGAUAAGAAACCCAAGGGUGAUGGAAAAAGCACAAGCUGAGGUGAGAAUAGUGUAUGGUAAGAAGGGAUAUGUGGAUGAGACAGAAUUACAGAAAUUGAUAUACUUGAAGUCCAUAAUCAAAGAAACAUUGAGGUUGCACCCUCCUGUACCAUUGUUGGUUCCGAGAGAAAGUAGAGAAAGGUGUGAAAUCAAUGGAUAUGAGAUACCCUCUAAGACAAGGGUAAUUAUCAAUGCUUGGGCAAUUGGAAGAAAUGCUGAGUAUUGGACUGAAGCUGAGAGUUUCAAACCUGAAAGGUUUCUUAAUAACUGUAUCGAUUUCAAAGGUGCAGACUUUGCAUUUAUCCCAUUUGGUGGUGGAAGAAGGAUCUGCCCAGGCAUUACAUUUGCCAUCGCAAACAUUGAGUUGCCACUUGCUCAGUUACUUUACCAUUUUGAUUGGAAGCUUCCGAACAAUAUGAAGAAUGAAGAACUUGACAUGACCGAGUCGGGAGGAAUUACUCUCAGAAGAAAACAUGACCUCUGCUUGAUCCCCAUCACUCAUCAAACUUAAAAUGUAAGAGUCAUGGUUACAUUCAUUUGAAGUGGUGUUGAUGAUGAAUUUUCCUUGAGUAUCGGUGAAUUGUUAGUGACAAUUAUGUGAAAGUUGCCGACAAGGUGAAGGUUAAUGACGAAGAAUGAUUUUCACCGUCAAUGAGUUUUUGCAAAUCACCGGUGGCAAGAAUGAUUCGAGCAGAUCGAUUGACAGUAUGUGUUUCAAAGUAAGUGACAAGACUUUUAUGUAUAAGUGGGUCUAAUAAAACUGAACUUUUAUUUAUCA